AUCCCUGUUAGUGUAACGGAUGUGAAAUGGCUAGCUAGUUAGCGGGUGCGCGCUAGUAGCAUUUCAAUCAGUUACGUCACUUGCUCUGAGACUUAAGUAGGGUUUCCCCUUGCUCUGCAAGGGCUGUGGCCUUUGUGGAGCGAUGGGUAACGAUGCUUCGUGGGCGACCGUCGUUGUUGCGCAGAGUGUCCCUGGUUCGCGCCCGUGUCGGGGCGAGGGGACGGUUUAAAGUUAAACUGUUACAUUAGUAAGCGUUUCUCCUUUGCCAAGAUGUGGCAUAUCAAGAUGCUGUUUAAACAGCAUGGUCAUUACACAGGUGCACCUUGUGUUGGGGACAAUAAAAGGCCACAGAAAAUGUGCAGUUUUGUCACACAACACAACGCUACAGAUGUCUCAUGUUUUGAGGGAGUGUUCAAUUGGCAUGCUGACUGCAGGAAUGUCCUCCAGGGCUGUUGCCGGAUAAUUUUAUGUUAAUUUCUCUAACAUAAGCCAAUGACAUUUUAGAGAAUAUGGCAUCAACCACAGACCAGGUGUAACCACGCCAGCCCAGGACCUAUACAUCCGGCUUCUUCACCUGCGGGAUUGUCUGAGACCAGCCACCCAGUCAGCUGAUGAGUAUUUAUGUCUGUAAUAAAGCCCUUUUGUGGGAAAAACUCAUUCUGAUUGGCUUGGCCUGGUUCCCCAGUAUAGCUGCACCUUUGCCCAGUCAUGUGCAAUCCAUAGAUUAGGGCCUAAUGAAUUUAUUUCAAUUAACUGAUUUCCUUAUAUGAACUGUAACUCAGUAAAAAAAAUGAAAUUGUUGCGUUUAUAUUUUUGUUCGGUAUAGUUUAAUCAGCUAUGUUUGCUAGGGAUGGGGGGGAAGUGUGACACUCACUCUGGCCCCUGAGGGCUGUAGUUUCCCAGCCCAUUAUUUUACCUUUAUUUAACUAGACAAGUCAGAUGCACGAUCGAGAGCAUCCUGUCGGGCUAUAUCACCGCCUGGUACAACAGCUGCUCCGCCCAUAACCGUAAGGCUCACCAGGGGGUAGUGAGGUCUGCACAACACAUCACCGGGUGCAAACUACCUGCCCUCCAGGACACCUACACCACCCGAUGUCACAGGAAGGCCAAAAAGAUCAUCAAGGACAACAACCACCCGAGCCACUGCCUGUUCACCCCACUAUCAUCCAGAAGGCGAGUUGUUGAAUGUAAGAUGGAGGAGGUCACUGUCCCCGCUAAAGCCAGUGUCAGUUGCUCUCACCCCAAUGGGAAUUUCUCCUUUGAUUCGACGUGUCAGUAUUCCUGUGAAGAGGGGUACAGGCUGAGCAGCUCCGGGCCUGUGAGAUGCACAGCCUCAGAAUCAUGGUCGGAACAGCCUCCCACCUGUGAAUUGGUCUUAUGCAGUGAGCUGUAUGAACAUGGGAAGGGUUCCGUGGCCUGCUCCCAUCCCCUGGGCUCCUUCAGCUACCUGUCCACCUGUACCUUUACCUGUGAGGAGGGCUAUGAGAGGCUGGCCUCCAGCUCUGUUACCCUGCAGUGUGGAGCCUCGGGACAGUGGAACGACUCACAGCCGCAGUGUGUUGCUGUAAGCUGCCCUACCCUCCAGCAGCCACAGGAUGGUGCUAUCAGCUGUGGAGAAUACUUCACCUAUGGAAGCAGCUGUAACUUUAGCUGCUCUGAGGGUUAUCUCCUCAAGGGGGCGAUCACGGUGACCUGCACAUCAGCUGCUGAGUGGAGUGAGGAGAUACCACACUGUGAAGCAGCACCUGAGGCUCCAUUGAACCCCACUAUCCUAGGCCUGGCAGCAGGGGGCGCUGUGUCAUUAUCUGGCCUGUCUCUGGCCGCAUGGCUCCUCAAACGAAUCAGACAGAAAGCUAACAAGUUUGAUGUGAACAGCACCUCAGACAUUGAGGAACCUUUACAGACCUACAGGAACAGCAUCGACAGCCUCAUUUAGAGACCAACAACAGUAAUAGCAGGAACAACAGCCGGAACAACAGCCGGAACAACAGCCGGAACAACAGCCGGAACAACAGCCGGAACAACAGCCGGAACAACAGCCGGAACCACUGCAGGAACCACUGCAGGAACCACUGCAGGAACAACUGCAGGAACAACAGCCGGAACAACAGCCGGAACAGCAUCGACAGCCUCAUAUAGAGACCAACAACAGUAACAGCAGGAACAACAGCAACAGCAGGAACAACAGCAGGAACAACAGCAGGAACAACAGCCGGAACAACUGCAGGAACCACUGCAGGAACAGCAUCGACAGCCUCAUAUAGAGACCAACAACAGUAACAGCAGGAACAACAGCAACAGCAGGAACAACAGACGGAACAACUGCCGGAACAACAGCCGGAACAACAUCGACAGCCUCAUAUAGAGACCAACAACAGUAACAACAGCAACAGCAGGAACAACUGCAGGAACAACUGCAGGAACAGGCUGGCUCUGUUUUCAAAGAAGAACUGCUGGUCACACCUGGAUCACAGUUCCUCAGUAUUGUAAUGUAGUAGGUGUAACGAUUGUCGUCGGGAGAAAGAGAAGAGGACCAAGGUGCAGCGUGGUAAGUGUCCAUAAUACUUUAAUAAAUACGAACACUAGAACAAAACAACAAAGUGACAAACGAACAGUUCUGCAAGGUGCAAUACACUAAACAGAAAACAACUACCCACAAACACCAGGUGGGAACAGGCUACCUAAGUAUGGUUCUCAAUCAGAGACAACGAUUGACAGCUGCCUCUGAUUGGGAACCAUACCAGGCCAAACACAUAGAAAUACAAAACAUAGAAUGCCCACCCCAACUCACGCCCCGACCAAACCAAAAUAGAGACAUAAACAAGAAACU